ACUGACACCAGUUCCUGAACAUGACCCUAAUCUCAAAUGAUCCCAGUUUCUGGCCGCAAAUCGCUCUGACUCGUACUGUCAGCUAUUUUGCAGUUGCAGGCUUUGCUGCAGUGGUGUAUGAUUGGGUAUCGACACUCGAACAGGAGGGUCGAUGUACUAACCGAACUCCCGACCUUUUCAUUGACAGAUAUGGCACUGGCGCCAUCAGCGUACAAUGGUGGAUGUUAUUCGCUGCAGACAUCAUGCUAGGCGCCAUCGUGAUCAUUCGGUUACACGCCAUGUACCAACGAUCCAAAAAGAUGUUCAUCUUUCUCAUUGCAACCUUCUUUGCUGUCACUGCUGCUGCUUCAGUGAUAGACGGCGUAGGAACCCACCCUUUCAUUUGGGAGGAGUUCAUCCUAUCAGGCACCUAUCAGUGCCAUGUAGUUGCGGAAGACCAGCCCCAACUUUCCCUUUGGAGUUGGGUGAUCGGCAUUGCAUGGGAGGCCCUCACGCUGUGUCUUGCAGUCUGGAUUGCUAUCCAACACUUUCGUAAAAUAGAACGAGUCGGACGAUCGACAGCAUCGACCAUCGGGGACUUUUUAGCGGUGUUAAUAAAAAGCCACGUGCUUCACUUUAUAGCUUUUGCUACUGUUUCUUAUUUCCGCCUCGGCUAUCUCUCACCAAAGCUGUCGGAUUCGAAUUCUGCGAGAGAUCAAAUUUAUUAUGGCAUCGCUGUAGUUGUCCUGCCUGUGCAGUUGUUCGUGCUGGGACCACGCCUCAUCCUGAGUAUUCGAGAAUAUCACACAGAACUCGCGGACGACUCUGACGCAGGAACUGGCAUAACUACAAUUGCUUUCCAGGAAUUUGACACUGGCAGUAGUGUGUAGUACGGAAAUUGCUCUAGGCAAUUAAUACGUGCUAUCAGGUGCUCUACAGGAAACAUGAAGAUGUCGUCGGAAGUGAAGAUCGUCGCCGUUAUAAUGUCCCUUGGGUACUGGGGUAGUUUAAUCUAUAGACAGAUAUAGUUUUUGGCAACCCAUUUCAAUAUUGUUUCACUAAAAGUCACUUAGCUACUCACCAUACUUGCACGAUACUUUGGCU